AUGAGCAGCAGCGGUGGCGCCGCCCCCGCCAAGGUCGACCGGCAGACGACGACGCCGUUCCUGCUGAAGCUCUUCUACCGCAGCAACGCCUUCCACCGGCUCGACGAAUUCUCACCCCACAGCUCCGCGCCGCCCCCGCCGCACCUGCAGAUCUACACCUGGCCGACCUGCUCCCUCCGCGAGCUCACCCACCUCCUCGUCUCCGCGCUACCCUCGCUCCUGCCCGACCCGGCCAUCGGCACGCGCCUGGCCUUCCGCCUAAUCUUCCCGGACACGCGCAGCGGCGGCGGCAGCGGCCCCGGCGGCCCCGGCGGGCCCGGCGGACCCGGCAGAUUCCUGAGCAAAGAGCUCGGCAGCGUCAUCGUCGGCGGGGGCGGGCCGGGCGUGGACGAGGACGACGGCGGCGCGGCGGCGGCAUCGGCGGCAGCAGCAGCAACAGCAGCGACGACGACGACAACGACGAAUGGCCGCGGCGCGCUGGAGAAGCUCGAGGGCGACGCCGACAAGACGCUGGCGGACGCGCGGUUCGUCAUCGGCGACUACGUCUCGUGCUGCAUCUUGCCGCCCGGCGCGGAUGGCUCCGUGGCGGCUGGCCCGCCGCCCGCGAGCCGGUAUCCGGCUCCGAGGGAGUUUGGCGGGAUGAGCAGGGGUGGGCCGCCGCCGAGGGAGAACGGGUACGGCGACAGGAGUUAUGGCGGGGGGUAUGGGAGAAGAGGCGGGGGACCGAGGUACGAGGGCGGCGGCGGGAGGCUGGGCAGCGGGGGGGUGCCACCUGGUGAGUGGAGGCGGGGCGAGAUACCGAGUGGUGGACCGCCUUCGGGCAGUGGGUAUGGAAGGGGGCGUGGUGGACGUGGGUCGAGGCCGUACUGA